AAGGUGGACACUCGCCACUGAAUAAUUAAUUUAAGACUUCGAUUUUCAAUAAAAAGAAGAAUCGACUUCUUCACUUUCAUAACAAUAGGAAGAGAAGAUGUAGUUUUGGUAAAACGAUUGACUGUGUUUACUUUCUUUCCUAGUUCAUGUAGAAUAUUAUUGGGACAUAGGAACAAAUCGUGCUAGACUUCCUGCUUUCAGCAUGACAAGUUUACAAGAUAGCGACAGGAGUGACAGGCCACACAUGACUAUGUCAGCAAGUGUUAGGCGUCUCCAGGAUGCCAUAAACAUGCAUCUUGAUAUGUCAGAAAAAAGAGACUUUGUUGACAUUCUCAAUGAUUUCCAUGUGAACAGAGACAUAGCAAAGUUUGUAAAAAGCCUCAAGAUACUGCUUGAUACACCCGCCAAAACUCAGCUGUUUGCACUGAUCAAAAAGGUUAUACCUAAAGCAGAUGUAGAUGACUUUGAACAUUGCUUAAGGGUUAAAGGUAAAAGGUUUGAUACUAUGCCUGCUAAACAACCGAAACAUCAGAGAUCAAGGCCUCCAUUGACAGCUGCAGCUACACAAUCAAGGCCUCCAUUGACAGCAGCAGGUACACAAUCACAUUUGACUGGUAAAAAACAUAAAAAGCGGAAAAAUGGAAAAGACAAAGACGAAAAUCAGAGUGACAGUUCAAAGAACACUUACACUGAAAAUUCUCUUGAUACUUCAAAAUAUUUAAUAGGUUCAGUUAAAAGUAAAGGAAGUGACAUAAAGCGUAUAGAAAUACCAGAGUCUGGUGGAGGUAAUGGUGGUUUUGGGUUCAGUAUUCGUGGAGGUGCAGAAUAUGGUAUUGGUAUUUAUGUGUCUAUGGUUGAUAAAGCUGGAAUGGCAGAGAAAAAAGGUCUGAUGCCUGGGGAUCUGCUGAUGGAAGUUAAUAACAUCUCCUUUAACAACAUAUCACACAGUGAUGCAGCAGAGAUCAUCCGAUCCUGUGAUAAACUUGAUAUGGUGAUUUCUCGUGUUGGUCGUAUCCCAGGAUCAUUUACGGUACACCAGAUGUAUAAAUGGGUGAAUGGUUCCGGUCGGGCUGUAUCGCCACCUCCAGAGUUGGAACAACUUGGACAAGUUGAUUCUGUUGGUAGAAGAUCAGGAUUUUCUCUCCUUACAGGACCGGACGAAAGGAAGAUCAAUAUAACAGUUGCGACUGGUGAGAGUCUUGGGCUGAUGAUUCGGGGAGGACGGGAAUUUGGUCUUGGAAUAUACAUCUCAGGAGUAGAUCCACACUCACUUGCUGAACAAGCUGGCAUGAAGAUUGGAGACCAGAUUUUGGAUGUAAAUGGUAGAAGUUUUCUAGAUAUAACACACCCCGAGGCUGUGCACGUUCUGAAGACAUCAAAAUACCUCAUGUUUACAACAAAAGAUGUUGGAAAAUUGCCAUAUGCAAGAACAAAGAUUGACCAAACUAGUUGGAUGAGUAAAAACCAGCAGAGAAAAUACAGACACAGGACAGAAAGUCAGUCAACUGACAGUUCAGUAACACAGUCCAGUUCAAAGGUAUUCAGAAAGGGUAUUGGCUCUCAGCUGAUGUAUAACACUGCAAUCAGUACAAAAUGGGAUGUAAUUGAGAAGCAGGCACUUCAGUUGUUGAAUGAUACGGAGCAAGGGACUCUACGAUAUUACCUCAGUGAAUAUCAAGCAGGUUUUAUCACUGUAGAUGGACUUGCAAUGGCUUCAUUUGAACUACUUAAUACUAAAGCUAAAAUGAGCCUGAUGAAAGAGAUACGGAGCUGGGUACAAGGCAGGGACCUGGACAAGUUUGACAUGUUACUGCAGCGUAGACAGGCACAACAGAGACAAGAUUUGAGGGUGCAUCACCAACAAGGAUUUAGUCCUCAAAGUUAUAGCACCUACUCACUGGAUGGACCUUCUCAUGUUAUAUCAGAUAGAUUACAUCACACUUACAAGACUAUGUCAGCACCUGCAUCAAGGGCAGCAACAGUUAGAGAGAAAUCAGGUCAUGUUCAUAGACAAAUAGCAGAAUGGGAGCUUGAGCCACUACGUCAAGCAAUAGAACAAAUAGAUGGUCAUAUCCAGUCAGAUCACCUCCACAAGCCUAACAGAAAGUCUGCAUUACAAAGGUCCACAUCCACAGAGUUUAUACGCUCGCCAUCUCCAAAUCUUCUGAAAACAUCUUUGUCAUCAAGGCGUUCCAUGUCUGAGGAAACACUUAUUCCAGUAUAUAUCGAUACAACCUCUGAUCUCUCCCCAUCACUGCCACACAGAUCUUACAAACAUUCUGUUUCAAGACCCAGAUCAAACAGUGCUUCACAGAGACGUCAGACAGCAAAUAGCUAUGCACAUCGACAGAGGUCUGGCAGUAACAACUCUUCACUUAGAAGAACAUACAGAUCAGUAGAAGACGUAAGGUUUCCUAAUAAUACACUAUCUCAGGUAGACAGGACAGCAGACGUACGUAGAAGCCUUUCAUACAGCCACCUGAGAGAUGCAGAGACCUCUAAUAGAUCAUCACACAUUACACGUACAGUUGAGGCAGACAUUCAUCACCGACCCACAUCACCACAAGUUGAUGGUUCACCAAGCGAUGACAGUGGUGUUGAUAGUGGUGGACACAACACCAACGAUCCUGGUAACAGAGUGACAAUAUCAUCAGACAAUCCAGUCAAUAUCAAUGAUGUCCUUCAUAAUCGCUCGUUUGUCAAGCCCUCAUCACGUGAUAACAGUAUCCAUAGCAACCAUUCAACAUUAACCAAUCGCAGCACACAUUCCCAUCAGAGCAUUGCAACACUAACCAAACAAAGACGGAAACAUGAAGACAGUAUAAGUGCUACAUCUUCUCCAAAGUUUAUUUCAUCUCAAAGAAAAAAUCAUUUACAGCCACCUGUAGAAAUAAGAAUAAAUGAUGGCAAUGGAUCAAUAGACACCAUGAGUGUGGGGAGUCACUCAUCUCCACAGUUUGUGGUAGGAAAAGACAUGUUGAGAUCUAAGAGAGGCAGUAUGUUUGAGACAGAUGAUGAUGAAGAAAAUGAUGAUGAUGAAGAUGAGGAGGAUCAAGACACACUGGAGAUCAGUUCUGACGUGGGAGAUCAUAUACACUUCAAUGUUAGUCCCCUCAAUAGGAUCCUUGAUAACUCUCAGAGUAAUAGGGAAUCAAGACAGAUUAAGGAUGGCAAGAAGAAGUAUGGUGAAGUUCCAUUAUACAUCAUUCCUGUGUACAAAACCAAGCCUACAUUAGGGAUGGCUAUAGAAGGUGGAGCAAAUACUAGGCAGCCAGUACCUAGAGUCAUCAGUUUACAGCCUGGUGGUUCAGCAUACGAGUCUGGAGGUCUGAAAGUUGGUCACAUGAUCCUGGAAGUGAAUGGAACAAGUCUGAUAGGCCUUGAUCACAUAACUGCAGCUAAAACUGUUGCUGAAGCUUUUAAGAACAAUAGUCAUGAUUACAUGGAAUUACUUGUUACAGAUUCUGAUGUAAAAAUUAAACUUGAUAGUAAUUAACAAUUACAGUCAAGUAGGAAGAAUUAUAUCUAGAGACAAGCUGCAGUCAUAUAUGUGAAAUCCGGUUACAUAUUGCAACUGAUGCUUACACAUCCACAACCAGUAUUUUUGGCUAGUUUACUAGUUACACGUGUUGGAAACUUAUGACUUAAGUACUGUAUUGUCUGAAAUAGGACUUCUUUCUCACAUAAAGCUCUACUCAAAUAUUUCCAAGAAUAGAAAUUAUUUGUUUUCUCUAUGGUAAUUUACUACCCGUUACCGGUAACUGCAAAAAAAAAUGUUGAUGUUUGUGUAACUACCUUACAUAUGUACGAGUACAGGUGUGAACAGAUCUGUUGAGGACAGUUAUAUUGGGGACUGGUUCUAGUGAGGACAAAAUAAUGUAAUGAGGACAGAUGUAAUGAGGACAGCUGGUGUAUUGGGAACAUGUGUAUUGAGGACGGUUGUACAUGGGAGACGUGAAUUCAGGACAUUUGUAUUGGGGACAGGUGUAUUGUUAUUAUCUUUCUUAAGUUAAAGAAAAUCAAAAUGAAAGAAAGGAAGUAUAGUAUGUGGAAAAAACUGACACUUCCUACUGGUCUGACAUGCAGCAAUUCAUUCAGUGUUUUCCUGUUGAACCAAAAUUAGAGAGUGAAAUAGUUGAAUUCUGGUCUUGGUUUUUGUAUCAGUUUUAGUAAUGUUAAGAACUUCAUAUUAAUUUUAUGCUCACCUUUCUUGAACAAAAGGUGGUACAUUGUUUUAUUCAUGUUGGCAUGUCUGUCAGUUUAUAAGUAGAUUGUAGUUUCUAAGAGAAGACUUUUGUCUACAUAAGUCAAACUUCAUAGGGUGGUUAUUUGAGGACAGUAGAUAAAGCCAAUUAGAGAUCCAUCGUUCAAGGUCAGAAUGACCUUUUGAGACUGAACAUUCUUUCCAACAGGAGAAUCUUUAGGCCUAAUUAGGUCAAACAUCACACAGUGACUGCUUGUGCUUGAUAGAUGACUCUUACUGUUAAGGAAUCAUUAGGUUAAAAAAGUCAAAUGACCUUGUGACUGACCAUGAUUGUUGCCAGUAAUUUCCUGUGGACAAUAGAUGAUCCUAGUGCUUUGAGUAGGUCAAAAGGUCAUGGCCACACUGACGCUGAGACUAGAAAUGGUCUCAGAUUAGUAACUGAAGAUGCUUAAGUGUAGGGCUGUCAGAUUUUAUGGUAUGAUCACCUGCAGUCAGAACAAGACCCCUAAUGUUUUGUUAGGGUCAGUAUGAUUAAUGCCACAGAGAUUUGCAGCUAGUUUUGGCGCUUAUGCCACAGAGAUUUUUGGCGGGGGGGCAGUGGGGGUGAUUAGGUCAAAUGUGACUGUCGCAGUAAUGAUAACACUGAAAACAGUUUGACCAAGGACUGUCAUUGGAUGACUGCUUGUUGUCAGUAGAUUACUGCUAUUGUUUUUGGGGCCAGGAGAUCAAGUUAACUCGAGUCUAAAAAUGCUUUAAUAUAUUGAAAAAAAAUCUGAGCAUAUGACCAUGAAAAAUGUGUUUCUGUGUUCAGCAGAAAACCCUCAUUGUUUCAGGGGUCAGCUGGUCAAAGGUCAAGGUUAUCUGGGACUGAAUGAUACACACCCUGUUACCUUCGACAAGCCAUCUUCGGAGAGGGCAUAUUGGUUUUACAAAAGAACACUACAUUGCAAACUGGGUCAGUAAGACCAAAAUCUAUUUUAAGAAUCAUUUUUCUAACCCACAGGUCUUUGAAUGUAUGCAUUUUCACAGAUUGUUGUGAACUAAUUAGAAUUUUGUUCAGAUUAUUCAUGUUGUCAAAAAUUAUUGCUAGAGUUUUAAGCUGUCUUUGUUUUUAUUUUUAAGCCACAUUGUCUAUUUAUAUAGCACAUGCAUCUAACAAAUUACUGGUAAGCUUAGUGCCAUUCAGAGCUAUUCUAGCAUAAAACUGCUUCUCUGUCGUUGAGGAACAAUAUAUAAUUAUAUAUUGUUAGUUUUUACACAUUUUUUAGAGCAUGUUCAUUUUGUGUUAUAACAUCUUCAGUAUCCC